AUUUACAAAGAUGGUUGUAGGGUUUAGAACUCAUUCCCUCUUACGGCUUCCAUUCUCAUCAUCAUUUUCAAUUUGUAGUAAAAUAAAAGCAUUCUCAACUACUGCAAAAAGAGUGGGAACUCAUAACGGCACUUUCCACUGUGAUGAAGCCCUUGGAUGCUUUCUCAUCUCCCGCACUUCUAAAUUUCACGCUGCCCAAUUCAUUCGCACCCGAAAUCCCCAGGUUUUAGACACGCUCGAUGCAGUACUCGAUGUUGGCGGAGUUUAUGAUCCAAGCAGAGAUCGGUUUGAUCAUCAUCAGAAAGGAUUUGAUGGUAUACUUGGCAAUGGAUUCACCACUAAGCUAAGUAGUGCUGGCCUUGUGUAUAAGCAUUAUGGAAUUGAGAUAAUUGCAAAGGCAAUUCAGAUGGAUGAAAAGCAUCCUGAUGUCCAUACCCUGUUUUCGGCUGUUUACAAGAAUUUUGUCGAGGCAGUUGAUGCUAUUGACAAUGGAAUCAAUCAGUAUGAAAUAGAUCAGCCUCCUAGAUAUGUGAACAAUACAACUCUGUCUUCUAGAAUCUCGAGGUUGAAUCUGAAAUGGUAUGACACUGAUCAAUCACCUGAGAAAGAGGAUCAAGCCUUUCAACAAGCAAUGCAGCUGGCUGGGAGUGAAUUUAUGGAUUGUAUCAAUUUUCACGCAAAAUCAUGGUUGCCAGCAAGAUCGGUUGUUAUGGAAUGUCUAGCAGCAAGAAAGAAUGUUGAUUCCAGCGGAGAAAUCAUGUUACCGACUAGGUCCUGCCCUUGGAAGCUGCACAUAUUUGAUCUUGAGGUGGAAAUGAAAAUCGAUCCUGUCUUGAAAUAUGUUAUUUAUCAGGAUGACAGGAACGAUAAGUGGCGGGUGCAGGCAGUCGCAGUGUCACCAGAUAAAUUUGAAAGCCGAAAGCCUCUACCAAUUUAUUGGAGGGGUUUAACAGACGAUCAUCUUUCUGAAGUGGCCGGAAUAUCUGGUUGUGUUUUUGUGCAUUCAAGUGGGUUUAUUGGUGGCAACAAGACUUAUGAGGGUGCACUAGCCAUGGCAAGAGCUUCUUUAUUGGCAUAGUAAACAACACACGUAUCGACCAUCUGAUCAAACUGUUAUACCUGGAUAUUGAAGUACGUCAUCACAAGGUAAUGCAGCUUGGUCUCUUACAGAUGCAGUCACACCAUUCUGUACAGACUUCCUAGAAGCUUGCCACUUCCUUUUUAAACUCAUUAUAACUAGGAGUAUCAUUCCCAAAUGAUUUUUGUGGUAGUGUAUCCCGAGUCCUGUUAGUAAUGGAGGAGGUACUUUUCAGCCAUUUAUCAAUAUGUGAACUGAGUUAUAACUCAAUUGAUAUACUUGUACAUGAUCAUCUAUGGGCUUUUUGUACAUGCAACCCAGUAACCCACUAAUGUCCUUUUGAUGUUUCUAUAUUAAGAUGUGAAGAUUGAUUUUUAAAA